AACACCCUCUUAUUUAUAACUGUGCCCAUUAGAUACAUUGAGCUAGUGACACAAUUCUCAUUCUUAAUUUGAGUUACUUGAGAAAAUGAAUAACAUUUUGUUUCAUUGUGUAUAUAUCAUUUAUAUUCUAAAUCCAAGUGUCAAAGAGUUCCGAAAAAUAAAAAUACGUAGAUCUAACUAUAGUUUUUUACUAUAUUAUGACUUCAAUUAACAUACUAUAGUUGAAAUCACAAAAACACGAACAUUUAUUAUGUCUUACGAUAACAUCGAAUUUUACAAAAUUAAAAUACAUGCUAUUCAAUGCACGUAUUAUAUUUCAUGUAUGACUUGACAAAAAGUUGUUGACAAAAAAAUUUAUUCAUUUUUAAAAAAUGAAAUAUUUAUCCUCUAAAUUUUGAUUCUUUGAGUCAUGCCACUGUUAAAUGAAUAGCUUUAUUUCUCUGACAUAGAAAAUUACAUCGUAUCAAAGAGCAGAAUAGUCAAGAUAUUGAUUAAAAUUAUUUAUCGGUUCUAAUGGUCACACAACAACAUCGAUUUAAUAAUGGCGUUUGCGCAUUUCUCUACUCCCAUUUUGUUCCUUCGUGUAAAUAUCAGUAUUGCGCAGGACGGAAAUACUAUAGUGAAAGCAGUGGAAAAGUACUGGGAUUCUUGGAGGGUGCUAUAAAUUUGUAUUACAAUAGAAUAAGGGGAUAUGCUUACAACUAAAAAAAGUCUUUUAACAAAAGGUAUAAUAAUCUAAAAUUUUAGGAGUUUGUGCACCCCUAAACUCCCUAUUGAAUAAUCCUUGGAUUCGUACGUUACAUCUGACAUAUAUAGAGUAUAUUGAAAAUCGUGGUAUACCCGAGCAAGGGAUGAUUUUACGUAUAAAAAUAAAUCAAAAAAGAGAAUAAAUUUCUUUCGCUUCAAAUUUUCGUUUAGAUUAAAAAUUGUUUAAGUGAAAGUGACGGAUUUCUAAUUGCAUAUGAGUGAAUUAUUUAUAGUAUGUGAAAAUGUGAAAAUGUGAAAAUGGCAAAAAUGUAAAAUAAAAUAUUUUUUUCAUUCAAAUAUUAAUUUCCAAGAAAUUUGAAAAUUUCUUGAUUAUUGACCGUGUAAUUUUUUCUUAAACAAUGAUAUAAAAUAUUAUUAUACAAUUUUUAAUUAUUCUCAUAUAUAGAAUAAUCUAAUAAAACAUUGUAUAAACAUUGUAUAUAUUAUUUUAUAAUAACGUUUGAAAAUACAUGAAUAUAUUUGUUACUGAUUAUGAAUUAAUGAGAUGAUCUAAUCGCAAUGAAUAAUAAUUAUAAACAAUUUUCAAACAGAUCAAGCAGAUCUUUUCGUACUUCUAAAAAGAUUUAUUAUAAAGAUUAUAAACUUCUAAAAAGAUUUAUUAUAAUAAAUGAUAAAAAUAUUUCCAACUAAAUUAAAAUCACAUUGACAAAUAUCAAUUUACUAUAAUUAUUUAUCAUUUCAUUUCCCUGGAAGAAAAUCAAUAAAUAAUUACAUUUUCAAAUUAUCCGAUCAUAAUGCGUCAUCUAAGCUUAGUUUUAAGCUUUAAUUAAGCAAUUAAUAUAAUAAUCACGUGCAAACCUGCUCCAAUUUCAUCGAAGCAAAACUAAUAUCGAUUACCUAUGUUCUAGGUUAAUAGAUAAAAAGUAUUUGUGAAUUAUUAAAAAAGAGAAAAAUCUAAGAAAUAAUUGGCAUUUUUCUGGAAAAUAUAUGAAAUACGCAUUUCUAAAUCCUUCCGUUUAAUAAACAGAAAAUCAUACGACGAAGAAUCGGCAGCGAUAACCUGGAACACGCUUAGGGAGCUGACAUGCAGCGGGGAACGAGGGGUGGGGGGACGGGACGAGCACGUGCUCACCGAGUGAUAGAAGUUUUUUUCUUCGACCGAAUAAGGUGACCCUAUCCUGAUAGUGGGGUCCCACGAACGAAGCGAGCAAGUACGCGAGUAAGCGCGUAGAAUGCGAGGAAUCGUUGCCGUUAGUAAAACAAAGACGGAAAAUUCGUUCUACAACGUAAGAUAGCAUAAGUAGGAAAGAGAUAGGGAUUGCGGUUGAGCGAGAUGGGAAUAUAGGCAGGUGGGGGAGAGCUCAAGUGUAAAAGUGGUGGGGAGCUACCUUGUGCGCAGUGCAUAAGAGAAACACAGAAAUAUGCAACUGAAUAAAUGGAAAAGAGACACUAUAUGGGAAGUAUACGGAAUGUUGGUGUGUGUGCAAAAGUAAGUGAGAGCGAGAGAAAAAGAUAUAUAUAUAUAUAUGUAUAUAUAUGCAUUUGAUCGAAAAACUGAGAGAGAUACACCAGUUAUGUAUAUUGCCAGAGAAUAGAAGAUAUAUUUCGUGAAAGCUGAUAAAGUAAAGAGAGAUAUACAAUAUAUAGUUGAAAAAGAAAUAUGCGGGAUACCAGAGAAGGUGAGAGUGAGACAGCCAAAGUGCAUGGAACGCAGUAUGAGAAAAGCAAAAAAGAAGCAUGAGCUGGAAGUAUAUGGAAGUAUAAAUACGUGUUGUAGUUAAGUAGUUAUACAACAUAUAAAAUAAUUUCAUAUUAUUACGCAUCAAGUAUUAAAGUAAAAUAUCAUUUUAUAUAAUAAUUCGUACGAGAAGGAUGUAUCAAUAUAAUAAUAAAUAUACAUGCAAUCUUUUUAUUAAUGUGUAUACAGCUGCAACGCAUAUAUACAUAUAUAUAUAUAUGCUUGAGAAGAAACAAUCUGACUAUCAGUAAGGAUAGGAACGUUCUGUGAUGAAAAAAAAGAAAGAACAAAACAUCCUGUAAAUAUAUAGAUAUAUAGCGUGUAUAGAACAUUCAAGUAAGAUACAUAGACCGUAACUUUCGAAGAAACGAGCUCCAGAAAAUACAUUGCAAGAGCGUCAGAAACAACUGAGGAUCGUUCGUUCGUGUUAAGCGCGAGCGAUAAAGAUAGAAUAUUACGAGAAUGUGUAGGAGCUUCGGUAAAUAAGCGAGCGCAAGAGAGGGGGUUGAAUAGAAAAGAGAGAGAGGAUAGAGAGAAUUCUGUAGUCCGUAAACGCGGUGCUCGUGUUCAGUCGUCUUCAGUCCAACUUGGAUACGCUCUUCGGCUCGUCCUCAGCAGCCAGUUUUCAUAAACGUAUUCGCGAAAUACUUUUUCCAGUUCGCCGUGAAUUGCCAAAGGUGAAUGCACCUGUACAAGGAGCUUCCAACGAGUAUCUAUUCCGACUAACGAGUUCAUUAACGAAACCGGUCUAAUUUAUUUGAAAUUCUAUCAGAAGGAAAAUCUUCUCCUUCUGUCUGACCAAUCGUUUCAGCUCGUGUGCGCGUCGAAAUUAAAAAGAUUCGUAUUGGAUGUGUCAAUAAAACGGAAAUAUCGUAUCUAACCGCGAGCAUUGCUAUUCCUCUUUUGCGUGCUGAGAAUGUUUCUUAUUGCACCAGUGGACAAUAAUCGCUGGGCCUAUACGAUGCACGGAUUGGAGAAGCCUAUGGAUCACGUGUCUGCUGGUGGCCUAAUGGCAGGUUCCGUGGCUACCUUGGCGAUCCUAUGGGUCUCUCUACAAACCAUGGGAUUCCUUGGAAAUACGCAUACGAUCGGUGCCUAUAAAUUGCCAAUUUCCUUGCAGAACUAUCUUGCCAGUUAUACAGGUAUCCUUUCAGGUUUGCCGAUGACAAACUACCCUUACGAGGGCGGCGUCGUAGACACGGGUCGUACCCAUAAUCGGCGUUACCCUCACAUUGACGAAGCGGUCUUGAACAACUCGAUCAGUUUCGCGCAAAGCUUGGUCGAUCGUAUGAGCACCCUCGAAAGGAAUAUCGCGAAUGCUGGCGUCGAAUUGAUGGCUCACACGCCGGCUGGAAAACAAUUCCUUGAUUCAUAUCCUUCCGAGGAUGCUUUCGAGAGAGGCCUCGACGCCAUAGUGGCGAUGAAAGCUUCGUCCUAUCUCCUUCAUCAGAGCUGUCACAGAUUCGGCCUGGACAAAGACGAUUGCGCUCGUUUCAUAUCAACCUUGUCACUGGAGGGGACUCCGUUGAACUCGGCCUGUCCAUCGUCGCGGCACAAGGGCUGCAAUUCUCUGGCCAAGUACCGAAACAUCGACGGCAGUUGCAAUAAUGUCCAAAAUCCAAGCUGGGGUAGUGCGAUGACCGCGUACACCAGAAUUCUCUUCCCCCAGUAUUUCGACGGAAUCCAAGAACCGAGACGUAUGGGGCACACGAGAAAGCCGCUACCCGGUGCAAGAAGCAUAAGUGUGGCCGUGUCGACACCCAACGAUCAAUCGGACGUCAGCAGAACUUUAACGGUGAUGCAGUGGGGUCAGUUCGUUGCAAACGACAUUUCUUACACCCCGAUGCGCAAAAUGGUGUCGACAGGGAAGCCAAUCUCGUGCUGUCGGUCAGACGGAAACACCUUAUCACCUAGAUACGUACACCCUGAUUGUUCCGUAAUUAUGGUACCUGAUCGAGAUCCUAUUUACGGGCAACACUACGUACGAUGCAUGAAUUACGUGCGCUCGUUGCCGGUUCUUAAGGCGGAAUGUACAUUUGGACCCGCGGAACAGAUGAAUCAAGCGAGCCACUUUUUGGAUGGUUCAGCGAUCUAUGGUUCUACGUUGAAAAAGUCUCGUCAACUCCGCGAGUUCGAAGGAGGUCGGUUAAGAGUUCACAAGAUGAAUAAUCACGAAUUCUUGCCAAUUGGAGAGGAUGAAAUCUCGUCCGCAUGUGCGAAAAACUGUUACAAUUCUGGCGAUUAUCGCGUAAACACGCAUCCACAACUUGCUGUCAUACAUACGAUCUGGCAUCGUGAACACAACAGAAUAGCCGACAAACUUGCCGAGUUGAAUCCUAACUGGUCGGACGAGACGCUGUUUCAAGAAGCUAGGCGUAUAGUUAUUGCUGAAAUUCAGCAUAUCACGUACAAAGAGUGGCUACCUAUAUUGCUGGGCAAGAGGUACACCCGCGCCGUCGGUCUCGUCGUUGGGAAUAGCUACAGUCGUAAUUAUAAUUCCGAGGAUGAUCCAGCGAUCAGCAACGAGGUCGCGACAGCAGCUCUGCGCUUCUUGACUUCUUUGAUGCAAGGAAAAAUAAGUUUGACAGACGAUAAACGGCAGAUGAACAAAACCGUUUCUUUAUCGGAGUACUUCUUCAAACCAAUUAUAAUCGAGUCUGACGAAGUGUUCGACGGUUUAUUACGUGGAAUGGCCACUCAGACCAGCCAGAAAAUGGAUGUUAGCAUAAUCGAAGACGUAACAAGCAAAUUAUUCGCGGCCAGUCAAGAUAGCUUGGGCUUGGAUGCAAUCAGCUUGGACAUUCAACGUGGCCGUGAUCAUGGCCUACCAGGUUACAAUCAUUACAGAAAGUACUGUGGUCUUCCAACUGCGAACACCUUCGACGAUUUCUUGGAUUACAUUCCAAUGGAGAUGAUGAAGAAAUUGCGCGCACUUUACGCUCAUCCUGAUGACGUAGACCUUAUUAUCGGAGGUAUGGCCGAGAGACCAGUGGAUGAUGGCCUAUUAGGCCCCACCUUCCGUUGUUUAAUAUUUGAACAAUUUUCGAGAACUCGUCGCACCGACAGAUAUUUCUAUGAUUCUGCGUAUCAACCGCAUCCCUUCACGCCUGAGCAAUUGGCACAGAUACGCAAUGUAACGUUAGCAAGAAUAUUUUGCGAUAACGGUAACAAUAUUACCCAAAUGCAACCAAAUGUGUUUCUCCGGCCACAAGCAGAAAACGAGUUGAGGUCCUGUACAAUGUUCGAAGCUAUUCCCAGCGUGGAUUUAUUCGCUUGGGCAGAAAGGGCCAAGGCCUAUCGUUGAACUUCCCCUUUAAUUGGCUGGUCACAUUGCCGCAUCGGUUUGCCCGGGUCGCAGGACGGGCACGAUAUUAGAGAUAACGAGACGAUGAUCGAUUUUGGCAUAAAAAUCUGCCAAACUUUGACACGUAAUCUUAUGAACGCGAAGGAAAAGAAGGAUGAAGAUUUUUUUAUCGAAGAACCGCGUGCGAUCGAAUGACCAACACAACGGGCACGAUGAAGGGAAAUAAGACAAUUUGGUGGUAUAUAUAUUACAUAUGUAUAUAUGCUACUCGAAAAUCAAUUAAAUAUAAUAAAAAACAAAAAAAAAGAAAAAAAGAAAAAGAGGUGCAUCCAACACACGUGACUAGUCGAUUAAAACGAGCAUGCUACGGGGCUAUGCUACGAGAAAUUAUAUAUUAUUCUUAAGAGAAAGGGGAGGAAAAAAGAAAAAAAAGAAAAAAAAAAAGAACGAGUGUUGUGUUCAAUAGAUGGAGAUUCGACACAUUUAGAUCUUACGGAAAAUUUUUCUAGUAUAAUUUAGGAAUAACAUGAACUCAUAUGAGAAUGCACGCGAGUGAGAAGCUAGAUAGAAGUCGUAGAUACGCUAAUUUCUUUAAUCCUACGCUUAAAGUAUAAUAUUUGUUUUCCUUUGCGACGAGCAUUCAAUAGAUCAUGAGAAUUUUUAUUUUAUUGAUUCGCCAUAUUUUGUUCUUCUACUCAUUUAUAUACUCUUUUUUGAAGAGGUUGAAAAGAGAUCUUUUUAUUACGUUUCAUUCUUUUUCAUAUAUAUUCUCGUGAGCUAAAUGGAGUUUAUUUUUGUAUCUGAAAAUUAUUAUAUACGAUAUAAGAGAACAUGAUAUUUUGGAUGCCCUAUAAAGUAUGCAAGUGGAUGCAUGAGUGAGUCUUCUUGAUUAUUGCACUUUGAUCCAUUGUGAUUUAAUGAUUCUUUUUUUAGAUUAUUUUAAUUAAUAUAUUCGGAAUGCAUUAAAGUUGUAACCUUAUACAACAUUUCAAACUCUUGGUAUAUCAAUUUUCUUCAUAUUUUUUUUUUAUAAAUAAAAUUCAAUAUAUCGUCUUUUUAUAUGAGCAAAGUAUGUAAUUAUAAAAACUUUAAAUUAAUUAUGACUAAUUUGAAUUUUAUUAGUGUUCAUUAAUUAACAAUAGCAUAUAUACAUAUAUGUCUUGCUCAUCUCCCAGUUCUUAGAAAAUUGUAUUUCUUGGAAAAUUUACAUAUGUAAAGCAUAUUCCCAUUUUUCAUACUAGUACAAAGUAUAGCAAUAUAACUAUUCAUACAUAUCAAUUUUUCCAAUCUUUUAUUGAGCUCUCUAUAUAAUAAGCAAUAUUUUAUUUUUCAUCUUAACUUUAAUAAUUUAAUUUCAUUAUAUUCAAAUAGUUUCCAAGAAAUUAUGAUGCAAAUAAAAAAAGAAAAAUAGAAUGAGAAAUCACAAUGGAUUAAUACAAUAAGAAAAUGACUCGAGUGUAUUAAAUCAAAUAAUAUCAAUAAUUUCAAAUAAAGCGAAGCAAUGAAUUCAAAGUAGAAAAUCAAAAUGAGAAUUCAAACGAGCAAUAAGUUUUGAGAAAAUGAUCGAUAUUGUAACAGAUGAAUUUAGUAAUCUUUCUAAUCUACAUAAGUAUUGGAUGAAGAAAUGCUUCAGAGAUUUUAUCAUACCUAUAAUAAGAUUUAAAAGAAGAAAAGAAAAUUUAAAAGAAAAAGCAAUAUUUUUUUAAUCAUCAGAAUAUGAUCUUUGCUCAUGUGAAAUGAAACCAAAUUUUAGAAUUUUAUAUAAUAUUUUUAAGGAAAUAUAACUAGGAUGUGGUUAUAAAAAUAAUGUAAUCCAAUUUUUUAGUUAGUAUAUGUAUACAUUUUAAUUACAUUCACUUUUAUACAAUAAUUUUCAGCACUAUAUCUUUAACUAUAUAUAUUUGUUUAAAAUAUAUACAUAAGAACAUUGAAAGAAGAAUUACUGUAGAAUCACUGUAUGUUAGGAUUACUGUAGAAUUCUUCAUUCAAAAUACAGGAAAACUGUUGAAUAUCGAUUGUUGUAGGAAAGAGUUAAGUUUGAUCGAGCAAAAUUAAUCCAAAAUCAAAAUGAAGAAUUUAUAAAUACGAUCAUUUGCAAUUUGAAAUUUAUCAUCAUAACAAAUCAAAUGAAUGAAACGAACAAGAUCAAGUUUUUUGAAAGCCAAAAAUAUAUAUUAUGAAGAAUCAUAAAGAACUAUCUAUCCAUCUUACCUACAUUAAAACUUCUACUUUUGCUCGUUCAAAUAUAAUAAUUCUUAAUAUUCUCAACGACUAACUGCCACUUAGAAGCACGCGCGUUUUUUGAAUUUGUUUAGAAUAUUUUUUUUUUCCUGUUCAUUCUUGUUAAUAACUCAAAUUUUUAACAAAACUCUGAUCAGCGUUUAAGUUGAUUUGCAUGACUGUAACGACUGAAAUACUUUUAGGAGUAUAUGGAGUAUGACUGAUUAGUUUUUAAAUAAAGAGUAAUAUUGUUGAACGUUUUAUACGUGAUUAGGAUUAAUUGUACUUAAGAUAUCCAAUACAAUCCAAAUUUCAAAACUAAUUGAAGAUUGGAUUAAUCGUAUUACGAAAUUAGAAAAAUAAAGAUCUAAUCAGUAAUAUUAA